CCACAUGUUUGAAGGCGGAGGCGUUGAAACGAGCGUCGCGUAACAAUGUUCGCAAACAACGACCGGAUGAAAAUCAGAUGAACUACCGGCACCUGAAGGAGCACCUUCUGUAGCAAGUCAGUGAAGACCGGAAGCGGGACCUAAGGAACACUAAGCUCCAAGCGCGAAUGCCACACUGCCGGCAAAUAAUGGAGAUCGAGAAUUUUCAAAUUUGAUGUGCCUGUUUGAACGAGGACAUGAGAAGGUGUUCAUCCACCUCGAGGCAUCGUGCAGAUUUCACUGCGUCUACGCAUCGUAGCCAUUCAUUUGGGUGCAAUUUGAGCUCAUGUGUUCUCCUCGCCGGAAGAAGUCGAAGGAUCAUGAAGUAGUAAGCAGGUGCUGAUUUUUGCGUCAAUAUGGCGGAUACGAGAACUACCAAGCCCGGCAUCAAGCGCCUGUUGAUAACGAUCACCACUCUCUUACCGUUCUUCUUCGGGAUCCCACUUUGGCUCAACUCCACACAAGUCUACAGAGCACCUCUUCCUUUCAAGGAUGUUGAUGCGCUGGGAAGCUGGGCUUCAGAAAACACUUUGCUUCUCCCCUGCCGAUUGAACGUCAUAUUUGCCAGUAAGGAUGAGUUCCUUACCAAGCCCGAGCUAGACUCUGUAGCUUCACAGCUCAUUCUGCAUGUACAGAGUUUGAUGGGCGGAAACUCCUCAGAUCACGAAACCUGUCAAAAUGGAUUCAAUAUACAGGUGAAAUACGAUACAGAGAACGUAUGUCUGACAUCAGGGCAGACUCUGGACUCACCUACCUGGCCCUGUGGUCUGGUGAAGUAUGGGUUUUUCAAUUCAGCUCAACUCUCAGAUGAUAUUUUGGAUAAUGUGCUGUGGAAUUAUGCCAAUAAAGAAGAGAAUGAGUCCACAGUACAGGAUGAAGGUGGUCUUUAUACCGUCGUUGUUCUUCGGAAGAGUCAGAUCGAGAGCCUCGACUCUUUCAGUAAAGAUGAUGUCAGUACAGGCGGUUGUACCAACGAGCAGAGUAGUAUAUGCAAGUCUAAAACUGGAUGGAGUACAGUUGUGGGAAAGUAUCGCCACGCUUGGAUUAUUGGUGAUUUUAACUCCUCUACUGUCGAGUCCGAGGUGGUGCCAAGAAUCGGAGAUGUCGCCCUCACGUUUCUUAGAGGUUCAAGAAGCGCUUCAGGAAGAAGUAAAGCGAGGAAUUUGCCACUCUCGGCAGAGGGAGAAGCAAUUCUAUCCUUCAGUCUCCUAAAUGCUGAUCCUGAUACCUGGAUUUUUGACUGGGAUUUUGAGGAAUUGAAGAGGCAGUUUUUUCAGCCAGUUGUGGAGGCCCUAAGUGGAAUUGCGCGACUGACGAUCGAGAGUCAGGUGUUGUACUACACCCCGAAAGCAGUCCAGUCACGGUGGGAUGCAUCUCUUAAUGCACACGUAGUCGCUGUCAAGCAGCUACCUUUCUUUGUCAACUCAAAUGAGUGGCAUCUAGAUACAUCAAGCGCUGCUGCUGGACGAUCGAAGCUUCUGCACUUCGCCAUUUAUGUUCCGGGAGGCGGAGAAUACCCUCUUCAUUUUCUGCGGAAGAAUGAUCAGCUGUCUUCAACAGAUGGGUUUACUUCUCCUGGUUGGGGAGGCGUGGUUGUUUACAAUCCCACCAAUCUUUCAACUAUCUCUAGUGACUCUCAUUCAUCUUUCCAUCGAAUAACACCCAAGGAAUUUGAGUCAAUAGCAGGGGUAAUUGUCGCACAGCUGCGCACACUUUUUGGUCUGCCUCCUAUUCUUUCAGAUGAUCCGGAAACUGGGUAUUUCAGUUUGUCACCAGCUAGGACAGGAUUUGCUGAAUGGGAACUAGACUUGUUACUAAGAAGACGAGCUAUCAGUGAUAUGACUGCUGCUGCCUCUACUUUGAUGUCGUUAUCUCGUCUGGUUCAAAAACUUUCGAGCAUGGUAAUCAUGGACGAGAUCGGUGAACAGGUACUGCGCUUCCUUUCAUUUCUUUGAAUCCCAAAUUCCGUUUCAGGCACAAGUCAGAACCCACAAACGUUGAGAUUCAUAAAAUAUAUUAAUGGGUCAAAGCCUUGGGAAACAAUUCUAACAAUCCUAAACCAUUAUCGACAUUAGGUUAAAAAAUUUAAUCUAGUUGAGUUAACCGUAACUUACUUGUACCGGUUGUAAGCGAUAAUUUCAGCAGCCUCCUUCACUUCUUUUGGACAUGUAAAUGUAAACAUGAUUUGACUAAUUAUCUCUAAACUUAUCAAACUCUAUCCUCUUAAUAACCUGGUAACUAUUUUUAGCUGGUUAGACUUCACUGCCAACUUACUUCCCUUGUGUUUCGUUGAUGUUGAUCCUCUGUUUAAUGCAAUGAAAGUGCACUUCUACAUGCUUUGUUAUAGCAUGGAAAACAGAUCAUGUGUAAUUCAAUGCAACAACAUGGUAAUCAUACUAAAUUACUGUAAGAGUUUCACUAUCUUCACCAAGCUUAGAUAGAAGCCUUCUUAGCCAAAGUGGUUUACA